AUGGAAAAGUUUUGGAUCGAGGGAGAAUAUGUAGCCGAGAAAAACAAUUCUAGUGAAUGCUCUGAUUGUAACCGUUACUUCAUGAAAAUGUAUUCCAAAAAGAAUUGGAAUGACAGAUGCACUAGAUGUGCCCAGACGAUAAUUGAUUGCGAUCCGGGUUACGUACAGUAUAAGGGCGGUGCCAUGAAACUCAUCACUUCAACAUUCAUUUGCCCCGCAAAGAAAUGCUCAGCGAGAAAUCUCUCCUUCGAAGACUUUAUAACUGGAAAUUGUUGUCCGAAAGGAUUCAUCAAAUCAGCUGAGGAUCAUUUUAACAUCACUGAUGAGUACCAACUACUUGAAAAGGCCAAUCAACUAUUCAAAGAUUCAACUGACAAGCAACACUCAUCCCUUGCUGAAAUUUUUAACGCAAAAAAAGUCGAAAAAGAAGCUCAAGAAAAAUUGAUUGCUGCUAGAAAAGAAGUCAUGAUAAAUGAAAGGAAAUACGAGUCUUUGGCCGAUCAAAGCAAGAUCUACAAGAGAUUCGCAGAAGUUGCAAUGUCCAUGAUCUCUACCGCAGUGGCGCGAAAAGAGAAUUCUGAUGAUACAAAAGCGUGCAAGAUUUGCUUUGAAAAUUACGACAGUGGAACAAAAAUAGAAUCUACUCUUCACUGUGGCCAUCGAUCCUGCCUAAAAUGUCUCAAUGAUCUCUCUCUGAAAACAUGUCCGAUUUGCCGAAAAGAAUUCACAAAAGACCAAAUUAUCAAGCUUUACUGA